AUGUCUUCCUCUUGCAACCUCAUUCCUGACCCCCAUAAACGUUCAACUCCCCCAAUCCAUCCCCUGGACCCUAAGCUCCCUCCUCCAGGCCUUCCCGUGUCGAAACCUUGUCUAUCCAUCUGGCAACGGACAACACGUACCAACCCCCUACUGAACCACAACUCCGUCUCUACCACUGCCGUUCCAUCGACGGCUGAUGCAGUAAUCAUCGGUUCAGGACUUUCCGGAACCCUCACAGCGUACGAACUCCUCAACUCCUCAUCACCAAAUGCACCCAAAGCCGUGGUUGUACUAGAAGCACGCGAAGCAUGUAGCGGUGCGACCGGUCGAAACGCAGGCCAUUGUCGGCCCGAUGCCUUUCGAGGGUUCAUGGCGUUCUCAAGGAUCCACGGUGAAGAACAAGCACACAAGAUCCUCCAACAUGAGAAACUCGUGUUGGAGCUUCUGAACGCGUUCAUCAAGGAGAAGAACGUCGAGUGCGAUUGGGAUUAUUGUAAGACGUUUGAUGUUGUGAUGGGGAAGGAUUUCAAGGAUUAUGUUGAGAAGAGCUUUGAGGAUUAUGCUGCGAAGCAUGGUACGAAAGAUGGUAUAGAAGGCGUGAGGGUUUUGAAUGAAGAAGAGGCAAAGAAGGCGCGUUCAAACCAUCUUCUUUCCAGCCACCUCUAA